ACUAGCAGUCAGCUGGGGUGGAGACGAGCGGCCUUACCUGCAGUGUGUGCUGGGGUUGCUCCACGGAGGAAGACAGAUGUUUGACUCGCUGUACGACUGGUUCUGGUGGGAGAAGAUGUGGCUGCCUGCAGAGCUGUCGUGGGCGGACCUGGAGGACAAGGAGGGUCGAGUCUACGCCAAGGCCUCACAUCUGAAUGUUACAGUACCCUAUGCCUUUGGCUUUUUAUUCAUCAGAUACCUCUUUGAAAGGUGGAUGGCAACUCCACUUGCAGCCUCGGCUGGAAUCAAGCAGCGGGUCCAUCGGAAAGCGGAUAACAAUCCCACCCUGGAAGUCUACUACACAACUCAGAGCAGAAAUCCUGUUCAGGUCGACAUUGAUGGGCUGUCUAAAAAGAGCAGUUUGUCAGUGAGACAAGUUCAACGCUGGUUCAGAAGAAGACGGAGACAGGAUCAUCCUGGAGUCCUGAAAAAAUUCAGAGAAGCCAGCUGGAGGUUUGUCUUCUACUUGUUGGCGUUCAUUGGAGGAAUCGUGGCGCUUCAUGAUAAAGAAUGGCUUUAUGACACAAAAGAAGUCUGGACAGGUUAUCCGAAGCAGUCAAUGCUGGAGUCUCAGUACUGGUAUUACAUCCUGGAGAUGAGCUUCUACGGCUGUCUUCUCUUCAGUUUCUCCUUUGAUGUCAAGAGAAGGGACUUUAAGGAGCAGAUUGUUCACCACGUGGCCACGUUGGUCCUCUUAUCAUUUUCCUGGUGUGCCAACUUCAUCCGUAUAGGAACUCUGGUCAUGCUCAUCCAUGAUGCUUCUGAUGUUUUACUGGAGUCUGCCAAAUUAUUCAACUAUGCCCGAUGGGAAAAAACCAGCAACGCUCUUUUUGUUUUGUUUGCCAUCGUUUUCAUGGUUACACGACUGGUCAUCUUUCCAUUCUGGCUUAUUCACUGUACCUGGGUUUACCCUGUUAUCUACUACCCAGCCUACUUUGGCUACUACUUCUUCAACUUGAUGCUGGUGGUUCUUCUCUGUCUUCACAUAUUCUGGUCCUACCUCAUUCUCUGCAUGGUCAAGAAGUUUAUGUUUGGCACACUAACAAGAGAUGAGAGGAGUGACAACGAUGAAGACGAGGGGCAAGAAACCAGUCCUACAGAGGAUGAUUGUGUCCAACAACACACACAUGUCAGAGGACAAGAAAUCGGUGAAAGGGAUGACAAAAAUGGCUGCUUAGGAAUACCGAAACCAGAGAAUUUCUGCUGGUCAAAAACCACGUAAUGAGUCAUGCUCAUUAUAAGUUAAGGGCUUAUACCAAUGUUCUGACAGGACCACAAACUAGCUUACAUGUUCACAUUCUGUCUGUUUGUUGUUUUUUCUGUGAAGGUUUAUUAUGUUCCCCUAAAAUUGUACCUAAAACCAACUGACACUCAGUGAACGUGGACAUUUUGGAGAUAUUCAGACAGUAGCUAAUUUGUUUAUUCAGUUGUUAAAUUUAACAACUCUUUAAUGGAUUGCAUUUAAAACUGGACUGGGCAUAACUAAUUGCUUGAACAGAGCAUAAAUACCAAAAGUCAAGUAUGUUUUCUCAUUAUUAAAGUGUUCAAAGUU